AUGGCACCGGCCCAACCUGAGCUGAAGAAGUAUCUCGACAAGCGGCUCUUCGUCCAGCUUAACGGUGGUCGCAAGGUCAUCGGAGUGCUCCGUGGAUACGAUGUCUUCCUAAAUGUUGUCCUGGACGAGGCGGUCGAAGAGAAAGACGGUGGAGAGAAGAUCAGGCUGGGCAUGGUUGUCAUUCGCGGCAACUCCGUGGUCAUGCUGGAAGCUCUGGAGAGAAUCGGCGGCGACGAUAGGCAGCACCGAUAA